CCAUCUGGCAAUUGCCGCUGGGCGUCAUUCCACAAAACUUUACAGUCCAAUUUCAGUCUACCAUGCUAUGGCUCCAGAGUUCUCCAGCCACGUCGCACCUUCGUGCUAUUGUUUGUCGUCGAUCAGCUAGCAGGUAUCUUGCUGUGGCUAGAUGGAUUCAUGCAGGACCGUCAACUCCUCCAUAUGAAUCUAAAUAUGCAGAGAAGCUUCAACAAAAAGCAAAAGAGCAGGGAUUGGAAUUAUCUAAACUGAGAACACAAGCAAAAGAAGAAGCUCGUCGUAAGGAGGUAGCCAAUGCGAAGUCAGCGCAACUUUCGCAGGCGCGUCCUCAGAGGUUGGACAAGUCAUCUUCAGGAUCGGUUCGAAGCAAGGUAUCAGGAACUUCAAGUCCUCGCAAAGACAGCUCUCCGGUGAAGGCACUAGAGUCGAUCAUCAAUGUCCCAAGGCUGAUGUCAACACCUCACACCGCGGAGCAAAUUUCGGCUUUAUGGACCACAUAUCAUGCAUCUCGUACCGGAGGCACGGGAAGAGGAUUUAUGUGUGCAUCGGUACCGGUCGAACUCUAUAACAAAAUGCUUAGCAUAGGAAAACGAUAUCCUAUGUUUGUCAUGCCUGUCCCUCGGGAGGGCUCUGCAGCUGUAUCACCUGAAGGUCAAGAAAGUGGGGUUGCCCACGAAUUCUAUUUUCUACAAUGGGAUUUUCACGCUCCCCCACCGCCUCCAUCUGCCACCGGUCCCGACCUCUUUUCUCGCGCCCCUCCUGGUGGCGCAACUACCCUACCUCAGACGGCGACGGUCUUGUUCACCCCACUCCAGGAGUACAAGCUUCGGCAGUCGUUCGCUACCCCAUAUCUCAUUCUAACAUUCUACCCCGACUUCGCCCAGACACACGGAAUAGUGCUACUUCGCGGCGAGAUCACACCAUCAGCAGCUACGGCGGCCGCUACUCCAGGUCAAGACACGUCAACCGCUCGUUUCCUGCUGAGUCAGGUCGAUGCUCAGCUGCUCGCAAUGGGCGUGCAAAAGUUUUAUUUGUGGGGCAGUGAGAGUGAAGAUAGUAAUCAGAAAGAGGGUCGUGAUGCCGAAAAGCUACUCAGGCAGUUCCACGAACAACCCGAGGAGUUCAACUGGGCGGAUCUUCUUGAAUAUGCUCGUCUUACCUCCUAGGAUGACCCUGUUUUCGCUUUUAUUGUCGCGCGGAGAUUCGCAUGUUCUUGAAAUUAUAUCUGGGCGAUG